GCGAGCGAUUAAAAUCCGCGCGUGCGCGAGGUGCUGUGGCGAGACUGCAAGCAAGUUUCGAGCGGCGAAGACAGGCGCUGCUCAGAUAUUGCGAAAUGUACUGUGCUCGUGCCAAGGCCCACACGAGACAUCCUGUAACGACGUCCGGGAAACGGAAGGCGCGCAUGUGCCAACACCUUGCUUAUGGGGGAGGACCUUCCUGCGGCUUGAGCGCCCGCUCCUCAGUGUGAACAAAGUGAGACUCGGUUCUAGGCACGAUGAUGCUUCUGCUGCUGCUCCUCGGGGCAUUGUCGUCGCUCGUGGCAGCGCAAGACAAGAGCGAGGAUCUCACAACCGGCGGGAACGAAAUCAUUGACGGCCUCUUGCGAGAGGCAAGGGACAGCGAUUCUAUACAAAAGAAAAUAAACCCUGUGAUAGUCAAGCACGUGGACCUCGACGAUGGAAAGGGUCACGUCGAGAAUAUAUCUAUAUAUGGGCUCUCUUCCCUCGCUCGCCAUCGCGACGUUAACAUCACUUUCAACGACCUGCACUUGGUCACCAUCACAGGCCAACUACGGGCAGAUGACCUGCACAUGGCCGGUCGAUACCUCUACCGGCCGUCACGUUUCUUCAGACUUCGCGGAGGCAUUGGCGCCACUCUCAACUACUUCGUCGUUCAAAUCGGCAUCGAAGUCAACACAGAACUGAACAGAGCCAACGUCACCACAUUUAAGGUUGUUCAAAUCGGAAGCAUCAAGGUAACAAAGUUUACCGGAGCGUCGUUCGCCUUCAACUGGCUCGGGAAGUUUAUCGUCAACAAGAUACUGAACAGCCGAAGCUUCUCAAUAUCUGAACGUCUAGAAGCAAGCGGGAAAAAAGCGCUGAACCAGCUGCUGGAGGACAAGGAAAUUAGGUUGAGAUGAAAUGCGGGGACGCGAACUUCUCGUUUCGGUUGAAACUUCACACUCGUCAUGUUUUAUGACCAGUAGUUGAAUGAUCAUUGUUUUGAGGCGGGGCUCUCGCAUUAAAGGUGUGUAUAUUAUUAAGAGUCAGUGCCGAUACCGUAGAUAAUUCAAAUGUGAACAGGUACGUGAUCAAAUGUACAGCGUCCGGGAUAACACAAUAAAAGCGAUUCACGUUGUUGCGGGCGACAGCGAAGCAGUGCGAGUACAUGAAGUGAAAUACCAAUUUCCACUCCGUCAUCGUGCCAGUGGACCAGGAGGUGAAAGGAAGCAACUGAGGCCGCAAAUCACCCGCAAAAGUGCACUUUGGGCAAUACAUUUACCGUGGCUCUUUGCUGACGAUAAAAAAAUAAAGAAAAUAAAAAAAAAGCCGGAUAUUUCUGCCGCAGUUCGCGAUGUCUGAUAUGUUCAACGUUGCAGAGCCUCCUUACAGCGGACCCAUGUGACCAAUACCCGCCUGUGGAUGCACCGUUCAAUACCAACCGCUCUAACGACCUACAUCCAUGACAAACCGUAGUUAUAUUUUGUUGUUUUAUGUUUCGGCGUUGUCAACGGUCUUUCCGAUCUCUCUGAUAAACUUUUUGCGUUUUUCAUGUCGCCAGUCAGGUUGCUCGACACUCUAGGAACGCCGCGCUGAUCUCCACCGGCUGCCCCGUUCCAAGAACGCCCUCCAUUUCCACCGCAUGCCGUGACGUCACUUUUCCCUCUGUAUCUCGCCUGCUAACCAUCGGCAUCCUUUUCGGUAGGCCGCCACCGACGACUCUCCUCGCAUUUCAAGUUUAAUACGGAUCUUGGUUGUAAAAAAAAGGAGGAGGCUUGGACCGAACUGCGAUUAAGCUCUGGAACUCUUGAUGACAAGACUGGUGCGGUAACGAUCGAGCGGCGAAAUCGCAGUUAGCAGCAUGCGGUGCCACCACCUGGUCGUUCUCUCCAAGUAAGCGCUCAGGCUCCCAGCAAGCGCUGUCGAUGACGUCUGCAUAUGGUUUCAUGCAACAGCCUCUCUCAGCACGCAGCAGAUGCGGCGUGAAUACUAGUGACACUCGUUUCAGCGAAGCGGGCAUCUUUAGCAGCUGCGAAAGUGCAACCAAAGCAUGGGC